UGAGUGGUGUACGCGAUGGACGGUGUGUAUUUCAUGCAGUUAAGUCAUUUCUCACACGUUAGUGUGAAAGUGAACUGGGUAGGUAGGAAGACGCGAGGUACUUUUCCUCCCCUCUCCUUUCCACCCCUCUUUCCCUCUCCACCAUUUCGGACUUACAGUGCUACAACCGGUGGAACACCUAAUUUCCAUGUCCCGCGGCGAUUGAUGUGGAAGGUAGAGGAAGCCAUGAAAAGCGGUCCACGCUCCAACAUCAACAAGCUCAAGCUCCAUCUUCCUCCUCCAGAUGAAAUCUCCUUCGCCAAAUUCCUGACUCAAAGCGGCACAUUCAAGGACGGCGAUCUCCUCGUUAACAAGGAUGGCCUCCGAAUCGUCCCUCAGAACAAAGGAGAGGAGCCUCCUGUUAUAAAACCAUCGGACAACCAGUUGACUUUAGCCGAUGUAGACACUAUUAAAGUGAUUGGAAAGGGUAGUGGUGGGGUUGUGCAACUAGUGCGCCACAAGUGGACUGGCCAGUUCUUUGCUCUGAAGGAAAUCCAAAUGAAUAUUUUGGAGAGUGUCCGCAAGCAGAUUGCGCAGGAAUUGAAGAUUAAUCAGUCCUCACAAUGCCCAUAUGUUGUCGUGUGUUACCACUCUUUCUAUGAUAAUGGGGUCAUAUCUAUAGUUUUAGAGUACAUGGAUGGUGGGUCGCUUGCGGAUUUUCUGAAGAAAGUCAAAUCAAUUAAAGAGCCAUAUCUUGCUGCUAUUUGUAAGCAGGUACUCAAGGGUUUGAUGUAUCUUCAUCAUGAAAAACACAUAAUCCAUAGAGAUUUAAAACCGUCAAAUUUAUUGAUUAAUCAUAGAGGAGAAGUCAAGAUAACUGAUUUUGGUGUUAGUGCCAUAUUGGCAAGUACCUCUGGUCAGCGGGAUACUUUUGUUGGCACUUACAACUACAUGUCGCCAGAGAGAAUCAGUGGAGGCACCUAUGGCUACAAAAGUGACAUUUGGAGCUUGGGGAUAGUUUUGCUGGAGUGUGCCACGGGCAGAUUUCCUUAUUCACCGCCUGAACAAGAGACUGGAUGGAUUAACUUUUAUGAGCUUUUGGAAGCAAUUGUUGAUCAACCAUCACCUUCCGCAUCUUCUGACCAAUUUUCCCCAGAGUUCUGCUCAUUUAUUUCAGCAUGUGUACAAAAAGACCCGAAUGACAGAAAGUCAGCACAAGUACUUUUGGAACAUCCUUUCCUGAGCAUGUAUGGAGACCUGGAUAGUGAACUUGCGUCGUACUUCACCAGCGCUGGAUCUCCGCUUGCCACCUUCUGAAUAUCUUCCAUCUGGUUAUAUCGAGGAAGCGCAGUGUAGGGUAGUCUCCAAAAGCCCGAGGAACAAAGCUGCAAUGAGCUGAGCAUACAGUCACAAGGGCAGGGAUGGCCACACCUAUGUCUUUCGCAAAUGACAGAGAGUAGGUACUUUGACUGAAAACUAUUUUUGAGGUGCAGUGAAAUUGCGAGUCUAGAGAGGAGUAGCUUUGAAAGACAUGUUUAUGGUGUCGGCAGAUGCAAUGGAAAUGUUUGCUUGAAAAUAAUGGGUGGUGAGUCUAAAAUCCUCGCAUUAUUAAAGAUUUGACGAACUCCAAGAAAAGAAUUAUUUGGAGUCUCUUGAUUGAAUUUAUGAUGAGGAAAGCUCGAGAUCAUGUGAUAGAUGCAAAAAUGUAUAAUCAUAGCACUGUAGCCUCUGAUUAUAUGAUAACAAAAUGAAUUAAACUAAGCAUCAUGGUGAUGUGUACCUAGAAAUGAUGUAUUCCAUAUGGAAUGCUGCUUGUGAAAAUCUGUUUGGGUCUUGGAUUUA